AUGUAAGAUUCAAAACUAUAGAUGAUUGCAGAUUAGAACUUAGAUAUCUUGUUCCACUUCUAUAUUUCGAAGAGUAAAUUUUGUCUGACUAUAAUAAGUUAAAGAUAAUUCAUAAAAUAGAAUAAAAAAAUAAAUUACUUUUAGCCAAUAUUUUUAAGUAAUAGAGAUGGAUUGAAUGGAUUUAACUUUAGGAGCAAAGUAAAAGGCAGAUCAAAUUUGUUAAUGAUAUUUAAAUCUAAAAGUGGAAAUAUUUUUGGCGAGUAUACACCUUGUAAAUGGAAUUAUAAUUUGAAUUCUUAUGUUUAAGACGACACGUUGUCAUCUUUUUUGUUUUCUUAAACUCACGAUGAAAUAUAUCCUUUAAAGUUAUAAAGUAAGGCUCAAGCGAUUUACUGCAACUCAACCUGUGGACCAACUUUUGGUGGUGGCCAUGAUUUAUACAUUGGAUCAGAUUUUUAAGGUGGAUCUUCCAACUUUGGACAUUCUUAUUGGUGUGAAGAUCAAUAUUUUGCUAAGAAUACUCAUUUAUUUGGAUAAUCAACUCCUAACAUAGAAGAAUGUGAGAUAUUUGAAGUAUUAUUUGUAUGA